AUUGUGCAGACACUUGUUCGCACUCAAGCGUUAAGUCUAACUGUUUCUUGCGUCUCAGUUACUACGUCGUGUGAUAACAGAUUUUCUCCUUUCCGUGUUUCUUAACUGAUCUUUCUGCCUCUUGUUUACUGAUGCACUCUACCUUUGGCAUCAUGCACUUCAUCUUUGACAAUUUUUAAAUUUGACCUCACACCACACACAUACACCCUUCGAACGGUACGUUUUAACAGCUGCGUACAAUAUUACCAGCUGUUAGAUUGUCGUUAUCCAAUUAUCGUUGCUCGAAUCGAGGAUAAAAUCAUUUACGUGACGUGACCUGCGGACAAAAUACUGAUGACAAAUUUUAAUAAAUGGUCGACACAGUUUAACAAUUAGGUUCCAUGCAAUUCGAUAAAGGAUAUAAAAAUGACGUCAGUAACAGAAGUUGUAAAAGACGAAGGACAAGAAGAUCCCAUUAGAUGCAUCUUCUUCUCAGAGUUCCAUCAUAUCGUUGGUCCAAUGAUUACUUGCCAGGUACCAGACAAUUUUAUUUCAAAGGAUAUUUUUGAUACUGUCAGCGUUUAUAUUAUACCAAAAGCACAGCUGCAACGUAGUAUUAUAACAGUGACAUUGAAGGAUUAUAAAAUACUAGGAUUCCCAGUGAAGCUUGAUGAUAAGAAAUAUGCUAGAAAUGCAUUUUAUUUUAACUUGUGUUUCGUGUGCGAUGCACAAGCUCGCACCGUGCACUAUGAGCCAGUUGUAAAAAAAAUGUCUGAUUUUCUGAUGGCCCUGGAGGUAGAAAAUCGUUUUUUAUCUGCUUAUGAGAAUAAAACAAGAUUAGCAGAAAUGCUGCAGCAAGUGAUGGAAAAUUUAAACUUACACAAAAUGUGUACAUUAACAGAAGGGACAAUGACAUCCCAUUUAAAAGUCAUAAAAUUAGCACCUGAGCCAAAACCAGUUCUUGAUCAUCAGGUGCCGAUUUUCUUGGAAGGACGUGAAGCGUUCCAAAGUGAUCAAUGGGAUUUAACGACUCAGCAAGUGUUACCGUACAUAGACGGAUUCAAUCAUGUUGCGCGAAUAGCAGCAGAAGCAGACGUAGAGAACAAUCUGGUUAAAAGUUGCGUGCAAAAUCUUGUCUACUACGGCGUUGUAACAUUGAUCCCAAUAUUUCAAUACAGCAACGUUUACGCCGCAACGUCAAAAUUAAAAGAAUUGGCAGAAAAUACAAAACUACAGGAACGAUGUAUAGCUUACGCUUCGAAAUUUCACAGACAGCCCGCAUAUCUUAGGGACAUAUAUCGAAUGUACGCAAGUAUGACACAUGGUAGCAGUAUGAGAGAUCUGUGUCAACGUCUCAAUCCUCAGAAUUUAAGAAUUAACGAGAGGAGAUUAGUGCAGUUCGGUCUGAUCGAAGGUCUUAUCCGCAGAGUAUAUAAGUAUCCGAUAUACUUGCCGGGGUCUCCUUUCAACGAAGAGGCGAAGAACAAUUCGGUCUAUAAGUAUUUUACAGGAACGUACAACCUCGACGAAAUUUGCUGCAGCACGGGUCAGUCAACAGCGCAGAUCGAAGAUAUUGUUGAACGCGAUUCGAACGUCGUUAUGUUAUGGAAAUAGCAAUUUGAAAUAGUAUUUAAAAAUGUUCCUUACAAUUUUGUUGAAUUUUUUAUAACUUUUAAAUUAAGCAGAGAUACUAUAUCAAAGCUACGCAGGAUACUUAGUGCAAACCAUAAAUGAAUAAGUUGCAAUUGUGAAUUUAUUGUAUCUACUCUAUAUUUUCAAUCAGUCGUUUCACUUCGUUGAUAUAUAUGUCAGGCACAUUGUU